AUUGGUCUCUAAAGUCACACUAUCUAGGGUUUAAAGCAGGUUGAUCUCGCUCUACCUCGCAAGCAAAGCAAGUUCCUUUUUCCCCCAAUUCUCUUCUUCCUCGCUUCAACUUUCGAGUUUCCUCUGUAAUCACUCAAGUAAUCUGCGUUGAUUUUGAUUUUCUGCGUUAACAGCCGGCUGAAGAGGAUCUUGGCCGUGCUCUCUGGCUCCCGCGCCGUCGUCGCUCGCAAUCUGUUCCUGUUGCUGCCGUUUUGGUCUGUCCCGAUUCGAUCACGUCCUCUGCCCCUCUUUCUCUUUCUCUGUAGUAGAUUUGUGCUUCCGCUCCGGUAAGAACCUUCAGCAUCGUCAAUGGGCAUAACCGCAGGAAUGGCAACCAAAUUCGCGAUUCUCAGGGGCAAUGGGAGGAGCCUUUUAGGGUUCAAUAGGUUGUUUCAUUCGGUGCCUCCUUUAGCUGGAAGCAUUGACAUUGGAGUUCCCUCAUCGCAACCGGUUUUGCCUGAGUUUACUUCCCCGAGUUUCUCUUUUGGUGAUUCUAUGGAGCUCAUGGCUGUCCCCAAAAGGAAGAUUUCUAAGUCUAGAAGAGGAAUAAGAAAUGGACCAAAAGCUUUGAAACCUAUUCCUGUGCUUGUCCUGUGCAAGGGUUGUGGUCGUGUCCGGCUUCCACACUACUACUGCUGUAGUGGGAAACCAAACCACGAUCAUACUGGUGAGCAGAAUGGUCGAAACUGAUCCACCUCUUUGUCAUGGAGCACCAUAUGUUGGUUGAUGGCAGAGCCACCGUAUGUCUUGCUUAUGAUCAUUAGUUACUUCAUGGGAUUAGCCAUUUUCGUAGUAAUGCUUUAUUUCCAUCUUGUAUAAGCAAUCCGAUUGUAGGGUUGGAAGUUUUUGGCUUUAAAAGAUAAAUGCAAUGGUGAUGGGCAAAAUUUAUGAA